AUGGCUGAGUUGUUCUUUUUGCGGCACGGGAAAAGAAUAGAUCAUGCAUUGGAAGAAGACCCCACAGCAGAACCAAUACAUCCGGUGUAUGAACCGUAUGAUCCUUCCCUAGCCACGGCUGCUUUGGAUCAAAUCAAAUCGGCAUCCGAUGAGAUUGUGGACUGUACAACGUCGUUUGAUCUGGACAAACCUAGUGGAACGAGAAAGAACGUAUUCAUACAUUUUUCACCUUACUUGAGGUGCUGUCAGACUGCUGACAUCAUGUUGACGAACUUGAAAGAAUCACUACUGAAAAAGUAUCCAAACUAUAAGAUAAAGUUCCUGUUGUUGGGAGAUUUUGCAUUAUCAGAAUGGAUCCAUGAAAAGAUGAAAGAUAAAGCUCCAUUUGUAGACACACAUGAUGUGUAUCAUAUGUAUACACCCAACGUAAAAUUAAUGAAAAAUAAGUCAGCUUGUUCGAACUUUCGCCCUACGAACACUUUGGGCCAAUACAAUGGGCCCGGCUUAAGCUACAAAGAUUACCAGGCAAGGAGUAAGGACUAUUUUCAAAAAUUGAUAGCAACUUACGAUAAACCAAUUAAUGUGAAGAAUAAGGACAUAGUAAUAGUGAUUUCUCACGGAUACAUGAUCAAUAAUUUCAUGUCUUACUUCUUGAAUCAUCCUAUUUUCGAAGAAAUUCCAGAGAGCAAGAUAAACUAUGCCAGAAGAAUUGAAAAGAACGAUAGAGAAGUGAAAGUGGAAGAAGAUGGUGAUCUUGACACAUCCAUGCUCAUAUGGAAGUUGUUUAAAGAUGCCCUUGGAAUUAUUGGGGAUAGGAGUUCGAUCAAUACGAUUUUAAACUUGGAAACUGACAUAGUCUAUUAUAAGACAAACUUCAUCAAGAAAGACGAGUUAAACAAACCUGAAGAGCAUAAUGCUUGGACACCUUCAGAUUGGGAUUAUCCUAGAAAAUCUUUCAAAAUAGAAACUGUCAACCCCAGAGAUGAAUUAAAUGAAACUGCAAAUGGAUCUGAUCCUUCUAUGACUAUCGUAAAUGGUAAUAAUCAAUUAAGUAAUAAACCAAAACCACUAAAAAGUGCACCAAUAUGUGCAGCUGCUAAAGAUUGGGUGCCAGACAACGCCAGUUCUCAGUAUAAAAUGAGUUCCCUUUUCCUGCUUAAGAGAAUGGAUCUGGAAGCUUUUAAAGAGGAUUAUAGUAUAACGAAUCAUCCGUUAAAACCAAUUUCUCCGGAAAUUUCUCCAACAUCUGAACCGACUAGAAAUAAUUCAGUAAUUGACUUAAGUAAGUUGAUCGAUAAUGAUGAAAUAUAUAAGCCAGUCAAAUUAAGGUAUUCAACUGCAUCAGAAAUACCGAUUCACAAAUUAAAUUCCAAAGUUAACUCCAAGGUCAAUCUUGCACAAUCAGCUAGAUCGAAUGGAUCAUCAGCUAAUAGCUCAAUUAUAGACUUUUCCAAGUUCGUUAACUCGAUACAACUGGGCAAUCCUAUUAGUGUAAGUUCAUCUACUGCAAAUGGUAUUUCAGGGGGAGGAUCUGGUAAUAGGAAAAGAUCCUUAUCAAAUCCUAUUGUCCAAGUUGUUCAUGAAGCUAAGGAUUCCUAUUUCCCUCUGGGGGUUAAGAUAAGCUCACCUUCAAAUGCAAAUGACCUGCAAGAACCAAGUCCAAAUGGCUCAGGAAGUGAUUUGAAUCUGAUUAAGGAGCAAAGUGGAUACACACCCCAAAAUGAAAGUCGUCCAAAUAUGAUGACGAUGCUGCUUAAUAGGUCUACUUCAUUAAAUCAUAAGAAGAAAAAUCCUAAUGCCUACGGACUUCUAGCAAAGUACAUAGAGAAGACGCAAGCUGAAAGCAACAGAAGCAAUGAAGAUAUUCAAAGCAACUUUGACAAAGAUAAGAAAGAAUCAUCUUCAUCGCCUUCUUCAUCUUCGGAUCAAUUGGAACGCAUCACUGAAAAGCAGCAAGAGAGGGCAACAGCCACUGCAUUGCAAAACAAAUUAUUUGAAUUGUCUUUCGCUGAUAAGCAGUCACUGAAGGAUAAGGAUAGCAUAUCUCCAGAAAAUUCUGUUAUCAGACGUACACGUUCGCAUUCACAAUCUCAGCAUACAAACCGUGGGCGUCGUCGUAGUUCAGUUACGUUUAUUCCAACAUUACUCGAGCAUCGUACAGAGGGCAACUCCAGCAACGCCAGCGCCACCAAUUCUGAUGCAGUUGGUAUAACAACCAAGGAAAACGCUAGCAAUAGCAAUGCAGCUGCAGUCAAGGGGAAAAAACCGUUCUUUUAUAACUUAGACUCAGAUGAUUCUGACUCAUAUUCUGAAGAUUCAGAGGACGAAAAGAAGGAAGACGAGAAAAAGAAGAAUGAUUCUGCAAAAAAAAAGGGUGACUAUGUUUGGUUUGGUCAGAAUAGAGUUUAA